AUGUCACCUACAUCAGGUAUCCAUUUGUCUAUCGACAAUGCGACAUGUUAUGUCGGAGAGACCAUUGCAGGCACGGUGACACUCGAUCUCAAGGCUUUGCGGUCAGAUCGAGUGAGCGCAGUGGCUGUGCAUGUCUCUGGCAUCCUCCAGAUUGGCUACCUCGACAAUUUUAUUCCCCAGCAGUUGCCCACCUUGAGGCGGUUUCAGCUCGUGAAAGUGUCCAGACCGAUCUGGAACGAGGGAGAGAGACCAGAUUUGGACUCUCACUGGCAGUCCGCCAUCCUCAGGGAGCCGUUCAAGUGGAAAGUCAGCAAUAACGCACCGCCAUCCAUCGAGUCGAAUCACAAAAACCAUAACUGCUAUGUCAAUGUUACGUACACCAUCGAAGUCGUGGGGCUCCGACCGGGCUUGCUUCGACUAGACAGACGGGUUCGCCGCACUGUAACCGUACAGCCGCCUGUCGACCAAGCAGAACUGAACACGCUCGAGCUACUUCGAAGGGGAUACCAAGGGCCGUGGAGACAAGGGGGCAUAAGCAAGCACGUCCGCAAAUUAUGGUUCUUGGGUGCCCGUGAAUAUGUAGAGGUCUUGUUGGCUACACCCGAGAUCGUGUAUCCUGUCAAUGCUGAUAUCCCGUUCACAUUGGGCGUCAUCACGAAGAGCCUGACAAAGCCUUAUAAAUCCGGCAGGGAGUCAUGGCCGUCUCGUCCUGCGCGGCAGAGCGACGUGCACCUUGCGCUCAACCAGAUCGUCAAUGUUCAUGUCCAAAGCAGCAAGGUCGGAUGGAAUGCCAAACAGGCGGGCGGUGCCUUCGAAAAACUCAAGCUAGGAGACGUGCACAUGGAAAGACAAGAGGAAAGGUGGGAGGCAUACGAAGAUGGGAACGGUAGGUGGGAGCGCAAGACGGUGCUGAGGUCGACCUUCCGACUCGAGCGCCCUCCGUACACACAUAUCAAUAUCCCAUUUCAACACGGCACGGCAGAUGUCGAGGUCAAGCAUAACCUCUAUAUCAGAGUCCGAGUCGGUACAGUGCGGUGGUUGAGGAUGCAGAUAUCCCUGGACCAUACACGUCGUUCUGCUGCUGGCUAA